GUUUUAGGAGUUGAGCACGUCUCAGAGGAGUGGAGGCAACGUACUGCAGAUGAUGUAUGAGAAGCCAGAGAGAUGGGCCUACACCUUCCAGAGCUACGCCUGCAUCAGCCGGAUCCGAGCCCAGACCAGAUGGAGCCGCAGGAAGCUCGCCACGGCAGAGGACCCCGUGCAGUUCUUCGAGCGCUCCGUGUACAGCGACAGGUACAUCUUUGCUUCCAACCUUUACGAGAGCGAGUGUCUGAACGAGACGGAAUGGUCCGUGUACCAGGACAUGCACAGCUGGCUCCACAACCAGUUCGGCCAGCACCUGGAGCUGGACGGUGUUAUUUACCUGAGAGCUUCACCAGAGAAAUGUUUGGAAAGGUUACACCUGAGAGGGAGACCGGAGGAGCAGCACAUCCCACUGGAGUACCUGGAGAAGCUCCACUUUAAGCACGAGAGCUGGCUGCAGCACAAGAAGAUGGCUAUGGAGUUUGAGUACCUGCGUGACGUGCCUGUGCUGACCAUGGAUGUGAACCAAGACUUCAGCACGAACAACAUGAACCGCUCUCACAUGAUGGACAAG